AUGCGCGAUUUUGAGUGCUUACCCGACUUGCCCGACUUCACCCCUUCGGAGUUGCAUGCCGCCGACCGCACGACGAAGUAUCUAGUUACGCGUCGCUUCACGAUUGCUGAGGCGGACCACUCUCCUGGAGUCGGAUACACUGAUGUUCAUAUGCGGGAACACCACCAAGGCGACACGAACACGUUCACUACGCGUAUACCUGCAGACGAUGUGCGCUCCGACGAAUCAACUCUCACCGCGGCCAUCAUCUUACCCGACCCUUCGGAUCCACGCGCGGCCGGCAGUGUCCUCGAACCCUCUUCAAGAGAAAUUACCCAGGAUUCCAAUGGGUUACGUGUCUAUCCGCCCAACCCUUACGCACUCUCUCGAGCUUGGUGCAAGUCCCUCAGCGCUUCUGACAUGAUUGGGCCUAUCUGGUGGCACCAUUUCGGCCUGCAUAUAGUCUGCACAAACCAUAUGGCUGACGUCCACUCACUAUACAGGUGUGAAGUGCAAUUCGACUACAGACUGCGUCAGCGCCGCCAAAAAGGUGCGGCUUCUCGUUCCGACUCCUUCCUAUCGGCGAACAACAAGGUCAUCACUGCAGACCGCGACGCAGGUAACGCAGCGAGGAUCCGUGCGUUCUUACUCUUAUCUCUUUGA